UUUGCUUUUCCAUUCCAUUCACCCCCGUCCCCCGGCAUCCCCGCUGCACGCGACCAUAGCCGUUCGGCUCCACCGCUUCGUCCCCGCUCCGCCGCCGCCGCCGCGGCCUGCUCCUCCCCUACCCCGCCGCUCCGACCAGCUAGCAGCCCCACACACUACCCCAAGCCACCGCACCCAGCCAGGCCCUGACAUCCAUUGCGGGGCCGGUCGGCCAGCCAACCAUGGAGAAGCGACGACGAGGCGGCGUGUCGUCCCUGAUGGUGCUGGCGGCGGCGUUGUUGACGGUGGCCGCAAUGCCGCCGCCGCCCCGCGUGGCGGCCGCGCUGUCGCCGGACUACUACAAGGACAGCUGCCCGGACCUGGAGUCGAUCGUGCGGUACGAGGUGACGAGGAAGAAGAACGAGACGGUGGUCACCAUCCCGGCGACGCUCCGCCUCGCCUUCCACGACUGCAUGGUCGGGGGUUGCAACGCCGCCGUCCUGAUUGCGUCCAAGAAGAACGACGCCGAGAAGGACGCGCCAGACAACGAGUCACUCGCCGGCGACGGCUUCGACACCAUCAACCGGGUCAAGGCCGCCGUCGAGAAGAAGUGCCCCGGUGUGGUCUCCUGCGCCGACAUCAUCGCACUCGCCACCAGAGACGUCGUGUACCUGGCGGAUGGCCCCUACUGGCGCGUGGAGCUCGGCCGGCUCGACGCCCUCGCCUCCAGGGCCAGCGACGUCAAGGGGAAGCUGCCGGACCCGGACAUGCACGUCAAGGAGCUCAUGCCGGUGUUCCAGAGGAACGGCUUCACCAAGGUGGACUUGGUCGCCCUCUCCGGCGCGCACACCGUCGGCUUCGCGCACUGCUCCCGCUUCACCAACAGGCUCUACAGCUACGGCGGCACCAGCUCGCGGACGGACCCGACGUUCAACCCCGACUACGCCGGUCAGCUCAAGGGGGCGUGCCCUGUCAAUGUCGGCCCGACCAUCGCCGUCAACAUGGACCCUGUCAGCCCCAUCAAAUUCGACAACAUCUACUUCAUCAACUUGCAGUACGGGCUGGGGCUCUUCACCUCCGACCAGGUGCUCUACACCGACGAGACGACGAGACCCAUCGUCGACAAGUUCGCCGCCAGCCAGAAGGAGUUCUUUGAUGCUUUCGUCGCCGCCAUGAUCAAGCUGGGGAGGUUAGGGGUGAAGACAGGGAAGGAUGGAGAGAUCAGAAGAGUCUGCACUGCCUUCAACCAUUAGAGGGAGGGCAUGCAUGCAGCAGCGUUUGUAAUUCAGAUUAUCUCAAUGCUGUUUGGAGUUGAUCGAGAUGCGUAUACUGAGAUUGAUUCUUUUUUCUCUUCUUUUGCAUACAGUUGCCAAAGUUUGAAGGUGUUCAUUUUCUCUGUUUGUUUCUUCCUUUUUCUUUUCUUUUUAAACUUUUUUUUGUGCUUAUUGAUUUUUUUGGUGCAUUUUUGUACAGACUAAAGAGUGUAAUACCAUGAACAACUUGAUGAUUUUUAAUUGAAAAGGUUAAUCUGACCAUA